GAGCCUCAAGAGAGAGCACUGCUGAAUCUGAUGUAAAGAGCAGAGCGGCUGAUACAGAUUCAACUAGCAAACAAGACGUGUCUUAGUGAUGAACGCCCUCUUCGCCUUCCUUUGCUUGGCAUGCUUCUGCCAUGGUGCCCUCUCCUGCCCGGCUCUUUGCAAGUGUUACUCCAGAAGAGCUGAGGUGGUGUGCAACGAGGUUCCCCUGACAGAGUUCCCCUCCGAGGGUCUCCCGAGGAACACCACCAUGCUCACGAUCCAGCUGACCAACAUCACCUCCAUCUCGGAGAGCCAGCUGAGCGCCACGCCCCUGCUGCAGGAGCUCCACCUGUUCAGCAACCACCUGCAGCACCUUUCCUCCAAUCUCCUCCGGGGCGUUCCUCACCUCAGCACUUUGGAUCUGACAGGAAACAAACUGGCCGAGCUGCCGGCCGACGUCUUCAGCCACGCUCCGCUCCGCAGCCUGGUGCUGAAGGACAAUCUGAUUGAGACGGCGGAUGCAGAGUGGCUUCCUGAUAACAGCACUCUCACCUGGUUGGAUUUAUCUAGAAAUCAAAUGAGAAAGGUCCCGACUGCUCUGCUCCAGAAGCUGCCGCACCUCGAGAAUCUUGACCUCUCCAACAACCGUCUGGAGACGAUCUCUGCAAACUCCCUGGACGCGCUCACCAAACUGGAGAGGCUGAACCUGCAGGACAACAAACUAGAAACCCUGGAUGCAUCUGUACUCGAGAGCACCCGCAACCUCACCUACCUGUUCCUCUCUCGCAACAAGAUCAGCAAGAUCCCCCAGAAGCUGUUUCAGGAGCUGACUGAGCUCAAGAACCUGAAUCUGGACGACAACCAGCUGAGCCACAUCCCUCCAGGUUCUCUGGACCGGCUGAGCUCCCUGGACGAGGAGGGUCUGGACCUGACCUCCAACCCCUGGCAGUGCGACGGGAAGGUGGAGUACCUGUGGAGGUGGCUGCAGAAGAACAAGAAGAAGGUGUUCCUGCCACAAACCAUCAUAUGUGCUUCACCUCCGUCUUUAUCGGGUCGGUCGGUGAUGUCGCUGACUGCGAGUGAACUAAAUCUUCAGUCGUAACCGUUUCCAACGUCGUGUUUGUUAUUAUCUGACACGUUAAAGUUCACAGUUCAGCCUGUAACACGUUUCAAUAAAUGAAUACUUGUAUGAGUGUAACAUGAGUGUAUAAUUAAAUGUGAUUUUGAGUAAAACAUA